CUGGCCUAGCGGCUCGGGGAUCUGAAUCCUUCUCCCGCGGCCAGGCUAGCGCAGAACCAUGGGCGUCCAGGAGCGGGAAGCGCGGAGGUGACGGGGCUGAGCCCCGGCAAGACCUCUGGGCCGGCCAUGGGCGACCGCGAGCGCAACAAGAAGAGACUGCUGGAGCUGCUUCAGGCUGCGGGCACCGGCAACGCGCGGUGCGCCGACUGCGGGGCUGCGGAUCCUGACUGGGCCUCGUACAAGCUGGGGAUCUUCAUCUGCCUCCAUUGCUCCGGGGUCCACCGCAACUUCCCGGACAUCAGCAAAGUUAAAUCCGUGAGACUGGACUUCUGGGACGACAGCAUGGUGGAGUUCAUGACCCACAACGGGAACCUCAGUGUGAAAGCCAAAUUUGAAGCCAGGGUCCCAGCGUUCUACUAUGUCCCUCAGGCCAACGAUUGCCUGGUCUUAAAGGAACAAUGGAUUCGAGCUAAGUAUGAGAGACAGGAGUUUAUAGCUGAAGAGAAAGCUGUCUUUCCCCCAGGAAACCGAGAAGUGUUCCUGUGGAAGCGAGGACGGGACAAUGCACAGUUCCUGAGGAGGAGGUUUGUCCUUCUGGCGAGAGAAGGCCUUCUGAAGUACUACACCAAGGAGGAGGCGAAAGCCCCGAAGGCUGUCAUCAACAUCAAGGACUUGAAUGCCACCUUCCAGACAGAGAAGAUAGGCCAUCCCCAUGGGCUGCAGAUCACCUACAGGAGAGAGGGCCGCACCAGGAAUCUGUUUGUAUAUCAUGACAAUGGGAAGGAAAUAGUGGAUUGGUUCAAUGCUCUCCGAGCAGCCCGCCUGCAAUACCUAAAGUCGGCCUUUCCUGAUCUCCCGGAGUCUGAGCUCGUGCCUCUCAUCACCAGGAACUACCUCAAACAAGGCUUCAUGGAGAAGACUGGCCCAAAGCAGAGAGAACCCUUCAAGAAAAGGUGGUUUGCUCUGGAUCCGCAGGAGCGGAGGCUGCUGUAUUAUAAGAACCCCCUGGAUGCUUUUGAGCAGGGCCAGGUUUUCCUGGGGAGCAAGGAUCAGGGAUAUGAAGUGUGCGAAGAGCUGCCCAAGGGCAUCCGAGGGAACCGCUGGAAGGCUGGCCUCGCUGUCGUCACUCCAGAGCGGAAGUUCAUCUUCACUUGUCCCAGCGAGAAGGAGCAGCGAGAAUGGCUGGAGAGUCUGCGCGAUGUCCUGUGCAGCCCCUUGUCACCCCUCCACCUUCUCAAUGCAUCAGCAGAGACUGGCUGUGGCCUCAGGUGACCCACCUAGGAGGAUCCUGGCGGAGCACUGAGCACGUGAGGUCCUGGAGGAGCGGUCACCUCUGCCCUGGUUGUCCAGAAGGAAGCCCCGAGGCCUGCAGCCGCCCCUGUCAGUGAACUCUGUCAAGAUUCCGGGUGUGGUUUAUCCUAAGGCUCCCGGGGAUGUUUCCUUCCAGCAAACAUUUCCCGGUCUUGAUCUGGUGCAGAGAAGAAUUCAGCUUUCCAAGCCUGGAAGUGCUGAAGGCUUUCUCACAACUGCGUGGCGAUGCAUGCUUAUUGGGAGGCAAGAGUGCCAUUAGUUAGUUCAGUGCCAGCCUGGACGGUACAGGGAGUCCAAGUCCAGCCUGAGUUAUAUAGCAAGACUUGUCUCAAAAAACAAGCACAAGCAAGCAGGCAAACAACAUAAACUACAGAGAGGGGGUAGAGACACAACAAUAAAGUGCCCACAGCAUUGUGUAAGUGGAAAACAAUGGAAAGGUUUAACCCUAACUGAAGAAAUAAUCAGACAUUCCUAUGUUACUUACAUGUUGCUAUGUAACUAGCCUGGACUCUUCAAAUGUCAAUAUUAUAAAAGAUAAAAUUGGCCAGGUGUGGUGAUAGAUGCCUUUAGGCCCAUGUGCUCAGCGUGGCAGAAGUAGGCACUCUGAAUUCAAGGGCAGCCUGGUCUAUGUAGGGAGUUCCAGGACAGCCAGAGCUAUAUAGAGAGAACUUCUUUCAAAAAAAAAAAACUGAAAGGAGGAAGAGACACAGAUCAAAGCCAGGGGUGGUGAUACCUAUAAUUUUAACAUUAGGGAAAUAGAGACAGGAAAAUCAGAGGCUCUUCUAUUAUAGAGAGGUCAAGGCUAGCCUGGGCUACAUGAGACCCCCAUUCAACAAACAAAACCCCCAAACAAUGCCAAAUCAUGGCAGCUAAAUGACGUAUGGGAUUCUUGAUUUGAACCUGGAUUUUAAAAAAGAAACCUGGGCUCUGGAGAGAUGGAUGGCUGCUCUUUCAAAAGUCCCGUGUUCAAUCCCCAGCAGCCACAUGGUGGCUCACAACUAUGAGAGCCACCAAUGAGAUCUGGUGCCCUCUUCUGGUGUACAUGUAGGCAGAACACUAUAGAUAGUAAAUAGAUCUUAAGGGGGUUGAGGGAAGCUGGCUGAUGGUGGUAGUGGUGUAUGUCUUUAAUCCCAGCAUUUGGGAGGCAGAGACAGGGGAAUCAUUGUGAGUUCAAAGCCAGCCUGGUCUACAAAAUGAGUUCCAGGACAGCCAGAGCUACACAGAGAAACCUUAAGGCUGACUAGAUGGUUCAACCGCUUAGGGCACUGGCUGCUAUUCCAGAGGGCCUGAGUUCAAUUCCCAGCACGCACAUGGCAGCUUGCAAUUGUCUGUAACUCCGGUUCCAGGGCAUCUGACACACACACAUAUAUAUAAUGACUUUAAAAAGUCACAAACCAGGUAUGAUGGCGCACACCUGUAAUCUCAGUACUCGGGAGGCAAAGGCAGGCAGAUCUCUGAGUUUUAGGCCAGCCUGUUCUACAAGUGAGUCCAGGACAGCCAAGGAUAUACAGAGAAACCCUGUCUUGAAAAACAGAGUCACUGUAAAGGACAUAACUGGUGUUGGAUAAAUUGGAAUCUAGAUGUACAGUAGCUAACAAUAUUACACAAUUGUGGCAAUCAUGAUGUGUCUGUACAGAUGUUCCUGUUCUCAGGUGACACAUACUGAAGUAGGAUAUAGUGAUGUUUGCAGCCAAUUUUUAAACUAAAAAUUUCAACUAAAAUCUGUACGUGUCUAUAUGUACGUGAAUGGAAUGCACAUGCGUGCAUUUCUAUAUAUACAGAGAGCACAGCACUGAUGAAUCUAGAUGAAAUGUAAAUGAACAUUUAUUUUCCUAUCUGUGAAAGAACAUUUUAUAUGGAUCUGAGUUUUCAUAUUAAAAAAGUUGACAAGA